AUGACGAUGAUGAUGAUGAUUCGGAUGAUGAUGAUGAUGAUGAUGAUGAUGAUGACGACGAUGAUGAUGAUGAUGAUGACGUUGAUAUAUGGGAUGAUGUUGAUGUUUCUUAUAUUCAUCAUUCGGAUGCUGAUGAUGGUGAUGUUGAUGUUUAUGUUGAUGAUGAUGAUGAUGAUGAGGAUGAUGAUAUUUCGGAAUAUGAUGAUGAUUCGUUUGAUGACGGUGAUUCGGAUGAUGGUGAAGGUGAUUCGGAUGAUGAUGAUGAUAUUGAUGAUUCGGAUGAUGAUUAUGAUGAUGUUGAUGAUGAUGAUUCGGAAGAUGAUGAUGAUGAUAAUGAUGAUGAUGAUGAUGAUGAUGAUGAUGAUGAUGAUGAUGAUGAUGAUGAUGAUGAUGAUGAUGAUGAUGAUGAUGAAGUUGAUGAUGCUGAUGAUGAUGAUGAUCAUGAUGAUGAUUAUGAUGAUGAUGGUGAUGAUGAUGAUGAUGAUGAUGUUGAUGAUGAUGGCGACGAUGAUCAUGAUCAUGAUGAUGAUGUUGACGAAGAUGAUGAUGAUGUUGGUGUUGAUGAUUGUGUUGAUCAUGAUGAACAUGAUGAUG